GCCGGCCAAAGGUCAGACUCCAGUGGAUGCUAACAGGUGUCGCAAUGCACAGCUUUCUAUUUCAGCGAGUUCUUACAUUUGUAGAAAGUUUUUUUUUUUAUUGGGAUUAAACAUGGCGUGGCUAAUAAUGUCAUCCAAAACCAUUGACCAGUGGGGACAAUAGCAGAUGGCUUUAACAUGAACUAAUUUGCUUCAUGAUAAUCAACAUGAAGUGAAUGAUUCAUUUUUACAGUAAGACUUUAACCUAACAAAUCAGGAGACGUUAUCAUUCAGUUCAUCAGCAUAUUUGUGAUCAGUAUGUUGAAUUGGAUGUUUGUGUAUAAUAGCUGGAGGACAGAAAUGUGCUAUGACCAUUGCAAUCCUGCUCGGUCGGACUGUCUUCCUGUUCCUUAUUGCCAAGAAAGUUCCAGAAACUUCCCAAGCUGUUCCUCUCAUCGGAAAGUAUCUGCUGUUUGUGAUGUCGGUGACCACAAUAACUGUGAUGAACUGUGUGGUGGUGUUGAAUGUUUCUGUGCGAACCCCCAACACCCACCCCAUGAGCAACAACAUCAGAAAGGUCUUUCUGAAUAUGCUUCCUCAUCUGCUGAGGAUGACGAUGCAGCACUGGACACCAGAGCAGGAGGAAGGGGAUUUUAAAACGUUUGCUCUGGGCAACGGCACUCCACUUCACCGCAAGAGACGAAGCUCUUUGGGAUUAAUAGCAAAGGCUGAUGAAAACAUGUUCAGAACAGCACGCUCAGAGCUGAUGUUCAGUUGACUGAAGGAGAGAAAGGGGCUGCUGAAG